AUGUCAACGUCUGAGAUGGUGACCCCACCACAUAUAGUAUAUGGAGGAUAUGGAAAGGGUAAAAGAAAGAAUACUGUCAAGAGGAGUGGUGGUGCAGUGUCAAAGAACAGCAUGAACUGGGUAGAUUUUGAAGAACAAAAUCACAUGAGGAAUCUACAAAGUAUUACCCCACCUUCAAGCCAGAACUUUUUGUAUAAUUCACCAAAUCAAUCUAUAUUUAUUCCCCCAUCAACUAGUCAAGGUACUAUAGUGAAUACACUACCAUCCACAGUAUUAUCAAAUGAGGAUACACAUGUGGCUAAGCAUCAACGCAGAAGAACUGCUUUGCAAGAUAUUACAAAUGUUGCAACCAACCUAUCUACCAAGUUCCAUGGUAAUGUAAUCAAAGAAGUGCAAGUGAAUUGUGAUGCCAUUUCAUUACCGAAAGAUGUAUUCAAGCACAAGAGUAGAAGGUUUUGUGCAGUUGAGACAAUGAACAACCCUACAGUUGUUGUGACAGAACCAAAGAAGAGAGGUCAACCUUCUAAGAAGCAUGAUGGAUUACAUCUAUCUAAGAAACAUUUUGAUUUAAGAAAUGGAGGUGGUGAAUUCUUAAGUGAGAGUUCUAAUUUAAACAAUGAACUAGAAGAAGUGACUGCAGAUCCACAAAUAUAUUACAAAGACAUUGACUUCUCUUUUAAUUGUAUGGAGGAUGAAGAGUAUGAACUUAGUAAUGAGGGAGAUCAAAUUAAUGGAGAUGAGUAUGAUAAGUUUGGAAUUAGUAGUAAAAAUGAUAAUGAGGUUGGGAGUGGUAUAAUUGGAAGUUUAUUGCUGCCUGAAGGAGCUAAACCAUUUUUCUCACAACUCUACAUAUAUGACACUGAGAAUGAAGUUUCUAAUCGAAUCAAUGAUGUGAGCACAAGGGAACAUGAUGGUCGUACUUAUAAUCUUCCAUCAGCUUCUGAAGUUGCAGCAUUAGUUGUUGGUGAUAUUGAUAUGUCAUUCAGUAGGAGAGAUAUUAUAGUAGAGGAAUUAUCAGGAAUACCUCAACGCAUCAAUGAAUUACAUGUGUCUUACAUUCCUCUUCAAUAUCCUAUAUUGUUUCUCUUGGCGAGGAUGGUUAUAGAGAUGACAUUGAUCAUCGUGAGGAAACUAUUAGUUCAACCAAGAAAAAGAAAACGAAAACGAAUCAGUUUGCCUUCAUCUUUCACUGGUGGGGCAAGAUAUAUGAUUCAAAAUUAUCAAGAUGCAAUAGCUAUUUGUCGAUGGGCAGCAUAUCCAGAUCUUUUCAUCACUUUCACUUGCAACCCUGCAUGGCCUGAGAUAACUAGAUUUUGUCAGCGAAAUUCAUUAUCUCCUUCUGAUCGGCCAGACAUUCUAUCUAGAAUUUUCAAAUUAAAAUUACAAUCAUUGAUGAAGACUAUCAAGCAGAAGAAAAUAUUUGGAACAAUCCGUGCAGAAGUAUAUACUAUUGAGUUCCAAAAGAGAGGUCUUCCACAUGCAUAUAUUCUUUUAUUCCUUGAUCCUCAAGAUAAAAUUAAAGAUCCAGAUCAUGUGGACAAGUUCAUCUCUGCUGAGAUUCCUGAUAAAGAAUCCUCACUAUUGUUACAUGACUUGGUAAAAAGAUUUAUGAUUCAUGGUCCAUGUAGUAAAAGUAACCCUAAAUCUACAUGCAUGAAAGAUCAAAAGUGUAGUAAAUAUUUUCCCAAGAAAUUCAAUGAGGAAAUAACCAUUGAUGAUGAUGGAUAUCCUACUUAUAAAAGAAGAGAUGAUGGAAAGGUUAUUGAAAUCAAGGGUAUUCCUUUGGAUAAUAGAUAUGUUGUGCCAUACAAUCCUUUACUAUUAUCCAUGUUCCAAGCUCAUAUCAAUGUUGAGAAGUGCAAUCAAUCUACUGCAAUUAAGUACUUAUUUAAGUACAUUAGCAAAGGUGAUGAUAGGGUAGUAGCUACAAUUUAUGACAACAAUGAUGAAAUUCAACAGUAUUAUAAUUGUAGAUAUGUUUCUACAUGUGAGGGAUCAUGGCGUAUAUUUGGAUUUGACAUUCAUCAUAGAUAUCCUUCUGUUGAAAGAUUAAGUUAUCAUCUUCCAAAUCAACAAUGUGUGAUAUAUUGUAAUACUGAUGAUGUAGCUGAUUUGCUAGACAAACCAAGGGUUUGUGAGUCACAAUUCCUUGCUUGGUUCAAAAUAAAUAGAUCUAAUGAUGAUUUUGCCAAAACAUUAACAUAUUUUGAAUUCCCACAAUAUUAUGUUUAUCAAAGGGAUAAACGAACUUGGAAGCGAAGGAAGAGAGGAUUUGUAGUUGGUAGGAUUCCUCAUGCAUCUCCAACAUCUGGAGAACUUUACUUCCUCAGAAUCCUAUUAACAAAGGUAAGAGGACCUUCUUCAUUUGAUGAUAUCAAAACUGUUGAGGAUAUUAUAUACCCAACAUUUAAAGAGGCUUGCUUUGCACUUGGAUUAUUGGAUGAUGAUCAAGAAUAUAUUAAUGCAAUAAGAGAAGCUUCCAUAUGGGCAUCAGGAAUAUCACUUCGAAAGUUAUUUGUUAGUAUGUUACUUUGUUGUUGCCUAAGUCAUCCCGAAUUUGUUUGGAAGAACACCUCAACUCUACUAUCUGAAGAUCUGUUGUUUGUCCCUCAUCAUGAUCCAACCUUAUCAGGGUUUCAAGUAUUAAUGUUUGAUAAGGAACAAGUUGCACUUCAACAAAUUGAUGCUUUGCUUAAAAAGAAUGGUAAAACGCUUCAUGAUUUUCCAUCUCUUCCAUUGCCUGAGGCUACAUCAACAAUUGACUUGACAAAUCACCUCAUACUACAAGAACUAAAUUAUGAUCGACAUACGUUGCAACUACAAGCGGAUACUCUCAUCAAGGCCCUUAAUACAGAGCAAAGGAAUAUAUUUGACCAUGUCAUCUCUUCAUUGUCUUCAACAUCAGGUGGAUUCUUCUUUGUUUAUGGAUAUGGAGGCACUGGGAAAACAUUCUUAUGGAAUGCAUUAUCUUCAUCACUUCAUGCUAAAGGAGAUAUAGUAUUGACUGUCGCAUCUAGUGGUAUUGCUGCAACAUUAUUACCUUCAGGAAGGAUAGCACACUCAAGGUUUGCAAUUCCUAUCCAAAUUACUGAAUCUUCAGUCUAUAACAUAAAACAUAAUUCUCCAUUAUCACAUUUAAUACAAUGCACUAAACUCAUAAUAUGGGAUGAAGCUCCAAUGGUUCAACGUUAUUGCAUAGAAGCAUUUGAUCGAACACUUAAAGAUAUAAUGCAUUGUAAUAAUCCUUUUGGUGGAAAGUGUGUUAUAAUGGGUGAUGAUUUUCGCCAAAUACUUCUUGUCAUACCAAAGGGGACAAGAGCAACUAUUGUAAAUGCAUGCAUUAGCUCUUCACAUUUAUGGGAUCAUUGCACAAUAUUUCAAUUAACAAAGAAUAUGCGACUAUGUUCUUCAUCUUCAAACAAUGAUGCCCAAAAGUUGGCAUCAUUUUCACAAUGGUUGUUAGAUGUUGGUGAUAGAAAUUUAGGGGAACCACAUGAUGGUACAACUAAGAUAGAAAUUCCUCCUGAUUUGUUAAUCUCCAAUUACAAAGAUCCCAUGGAAGCAAUUGUUUCAUCCUCUUAUCCGAACCUAUUAGAAAAUUUAUCAAAUUUAAAAUAUUUCAAUGACAGAGCAAUUCUUGCCCCUACUAUUGAGAGUGUAAAUGAAAUUAAUGAUUACAUGUGUUCAUUGCUCCCUGGUGAAUCAGUUGAGUAUUUAAGUUGUGACUCCAUUUGUAAGUCCACCCGUGACAGUGAUUGCUUUGAAGAUUUGUAUACUAUUGAAUUCUUGAAUACAAUUAAUAGCUCUGGAUUGCCUCCUCAUAGACUUAAAUUGAAGGUUGGAACACCGGUUAUGUUGCUGAGAAAUAUUGACCAAGCAUUAAGUUUAUGUAAUGGGACUCGAUUACGAAUUACUCAUAUGGGGAAGAGUGUAAUUGAAGGCAUCACACUAAAUGGAUCAAAUCUAAAUCAAAAGGUUUUGAUCCAUAGAAUGGAUAUGAAUCCUUCGAAAAAUAGAUGGCCAUUCCGCAUGCAGCGAAGACAAUUUCCAAUAAGUCUUUCAUUUGCAAUGACUAUUAAUAAAAGUCAAGGCCAAUCUUUGAGACAUGUUAGAUUAUAUCUAUCGAAGCCUGUUUUUACACAUGGGCAACUAUAUGUAGCAUUGUCAAGAGUGAGAAGUAUGGACGGGCUUAAAAUUCUUGUGCAAGAUAAUGACAACAUUAGGAAGAGCACAACUACCAAUGUUGUAUACAAGGAGAUAUUUAGGAAUUUGAUAUAA